AGUCUUAUUUGUCAGGUUCUUUAAAAAUCUUUAAACGAAACACAUACACACGCCCAACACUGGAAUUGGCAAAGAUCUAAAAACGAAGAUAUUCGAAUACAGGGGACUGAUGGCCAUAAACACAUCGCUUUCUGAGCCAAAGGCAUGGCAAGAGGCAAGGAACGGAAAGAAUGAAAAUGCCUGCCACCCAGCGGAUUCCGGACAGAGGGCAGCCUUUAAGACCCAGCGACUGUAUUUGUCGGGAGAGGAAAUGUUGCUUUUUGACAGAUGAGAGAAAUCCCCUCAGCGCGGGCGGUGGGAAGCGAGAAGCGAAGUCAGUCACCUGGUGGUGAAGGCCAGUAAAACAGGCGAGCAGGAGGAAAUUUUCUCUCCCUCUCUCGUCCCCUCUUUUCCCCCUCUCUUCUCUCUGUAGGAUCCACCUCCUUUUCUCUCAACUCUUUUAACAUAACCUUCAAAGGAGAACGUUCCCUUCAGAGUUUAUUAUCUUCUUUCUCCCACUGAGAGAAUACCUCUCAGCUGCAAGGGAUUUUUUUUUUUUUCCCAAGUCUAUGCAGGACUUCGGGAAUUCGGUUAUCUUGCCAGGGAAAUUGAUCAUUGCUAAUGUCUGGGACUCACAGCGUGCUAAAUUAGCUACCAGAGUAAGCCUGACGGAGGAAAAGCUUUUAUCAUCCACUCUUCUCUUCAGUUUGAACACAUUUGCUUGAAAUUUGCCGCAUGAUGCUGUCCAGGGAAGCAGCUUUUUUUCUUGGGAUGCAGCAAUUCGCUGGUUUCUAAGCUUAUUGCAGAAGAAGAAAUAAUCUUACACAGAGUGGAUUUUUUCCCCUCCCUCUCAGCGGCUCGAUUCAACUGAGCCGUGUGGCACCGCGGCUGAAGAUCACCUGCCAGCAAAUCUUUGAGCAAGUCAAACAAAGUGAAUUGUCAUUAUUUAUUUAUUUAUUUAUUGUAUUAUUUUGACUCGGUAGAGGCGGCGUGACCACGGAGAAUGAGACUGAGAGAAGCUGCCAGGGCUUGGAGGAGGAUAAAGCUGAGUUUCAGCUGGAAACUAAAAGACUAGAUUGUUUUGGGGUCCAACUUGCCCGGUUCCUCUCCACUUGUUUCAGUUUCGCUCCAUGGACAGAUCAACCAACCUGGACAUUGAGGAGCUCAAGGCUGUCUCCUGCCUGAAUCCUGGGACAAAGGUGCUGACAUGAAGUUGGAGUGAGCAUUGAGAUUGAGCCUCUGGGAAGUUACAAAAUGACACGAGAACAAUAUAUAUUAGCAACACAACAGAAUAACCUGCCAAGGACUGAGAAUGCACAACUGUAUCCAGUGGGAAUUUAUGGCUGGCGAAAGAGGUGCUUAUACUUCUUUGUGCUUCUGCUGUUGGUUACCAUGAUAGUUAACUUAGCCAUGACAAUAUGGAUAUUGAAAGUUAUGAAUUUCACUAUGGAUGGUAUGGGAAAUCUGAGAGUCACCAAGAAGGGAAUCCGACUGGAAGGUAUAUCUGAGUUUCUACUUCCAUUGUAUGUGAAAGAAAUUCAUUCCAGAAAGGAUAGUCCACUGGUCUUACAGUCUGACAGAAAUGUAACAGUGAACGCAAGGAAUCACAUGGGGCAGUUAACAGGACAACUGACCGUAGGAGCUGAAGCUGUGGAGGCUCAGUGUAAAAGGUUUGAAGUGAGAGCCGGUGAAGGUGGCAGGGUGCUGUUUGCUGCAGAUGAAGAGGAGAUUACCAUUGGGGCUGAAAAGCUGAAAGUUACAGGCACAGAAGGAGCAGUAUUUGGGCACUCUGUGGAGACCCCUCACAUCAGAGCAGAGCCAUCACAAGACCUCAGGCUUGAAUCGCCCACCAGAUCCUUGAUCAUGGAAGCCCCUCGUGGGGUCCAGGUGAGCGCUGCCGCUGGGGACUUCAAGGCUACCUGCAGGAAGGAGCUCCACCUGCAGUCCACAGAAGGCGAGAUAUUUUUAAAUUCAGAUACAAUCCGGCUGGGAAAUCUACCGACCGGCUCCUUUGCAUCUUCUUCCCCCAGCUCCUCAAACUCUCGACAGACUGUGUACGAACUCUGUGUCUGCCCCAAUGGCAAACUUUACCUUUCUCCAGCAGGAGUAAGUUCCACCUGUCAGUCCAGUAGCAGCAUCUGCUUGUGGAGCUGAAGUGACUGAUUCCUGCUCACACCAGAAUAGCCUUUUGUUGCCGUCCGUCUGCUUCACAGUUCUGCUCGGUUUCCCUUGUGAUCAGUCCAGAGCAUCUUCAAAUGGUCCACGGAGCAACUUCUUCCAGUGUAAGCAGGGAUUUGCUGCCACCUCCUCUUGUGAUUUCCUGAACUUCUCAGCAGAGUGAGGGACACAGCAGCGGAUAAAAACAUCUUCAAAAGGAAAAUCGGAUCAAAACUCUUGCUGGAAAGGGAGAAUAACAUAGGUGCCUUUGCUACCAGAAGUGAAGCACAUAGUUGUAGGUUUUGUUUGUUUGUUCGUUUUGCAGGAUCUGGAUAUGAACUGCACAUAUACACAUUACAUAGAUGAAAUUCCCAGUAUCCGGUGGCAAGAUAAAAUGGUUAAACCCUGUCAGACACUAAUCCUACAGUUUGAAAGCACAAUUUUUCAUUCAUCUUUUUGGAUGUAAACUUUUAUCCCUGAAUUUUAAAAUUUUGAAGCAUUAUGAUGCGCUUGCUUUACUAAAAAAUAAUUAAAUUCAAUACAUGGUUUUUAACAAAAAGACAAAAAUAAGACAGAAUCCCUUCUUGA